AUGUCAACAAAUUCAUUCCAUGAUUAUAUGGAUUUAAAUUCGAGAACGAACAUGCGACAGUUUUCAGAUGAUGAAGAGUUUACCACCCCCCCGAAAUUAAGCAAUUUUGGAUCUGCUUUACUUUCGCACUCAGAAAAGACUUCAGCACCGGAGACACUAUCAAGCCAUAAAACUAAUAAGAUGACAAAUCAUGUUUUAGAAGAAAUGGACAGAAGCUCUUCCAGGAGUCAUCCCCCAUCAUCAAUGGGCAAUUUGACAUCUGGCCAUACUAGUACCUCAUCACAUUCAACCUUAUUUGGACGAUAUUUAAGAAAUAAUCAUCAAACUAGCAUGACAACAAUGAACACUAAUGAUAUAGAGAUAAAUGUUGGAAAUAGUCUCGAUAAGAGUUUUGAAAGAAUAAGAAACUUGAGACAAAACAUGAAAGAAGAUAUGACUUCAAAAUAUGCUGAAAGAAGAAGUAAAAGAUUCUUAAUAUCUAAUAGAACAACAAAGCUGGGGCCUGCAAAGAGAGCAACUACAUUGACAAAUGUUUUUGAUGAGGAGGUGCCUAAUUCUUCAAACCUACCAAUCAACCCAAGGGAGACAAUAGAAACACUUCUUGAGGAUUCUAACAAAUCUGGAUUUAGAGAAUCAAAGAAGAAUAUGGACUAUGAAUCAAUAGAAUUUGGAGAUUUGAAUCCGAUUCAAUACAUUAAAAAACAUAACCUGCCUACCAGUGACCUUCCACUAAUAUCUCAGAUUUACUUUGAUAAACAGAGAGAAGAAAAUAGACAAGCAGCACUGCGAAAACAUAGUUCCAGAGAAUUACUUUAUAAAAACAGAUCUUCUUCCACUUCUCUUUCUAGCAAUAACUUAUUGCCAAGCAAGGACAAUUCUAUAACGUUCAUUAAUAGUUCUUUACCAAGAAGGAAAAUUUCUACUGGAUCAUCAUCUUCUAAAUCAUCAAUCGAAAUAAGAAGAGCCCUUAAAGAAAACAUUGAUACUAGUAAUAACAGUAGCUUCAAUAGUCCAAUCCAUAACAUACACAAAGAAAUUUCAAGAAAUAAAGAUUCAGAUUCUGAAAAAAGAGGUGUGUUACGAAACAUAAGCAUAAAUGCGAAUCAUGCCGAUAAUAUUCUUCAGCAGGACAAUAAAAGAUUGAAAAGAUCAUUGGAUGAUGUCAUUACAAAUGAGAAUGAAAACAAAAAAAUUCAAGAAGUUUUUUACCAUCGACCAGCCCCCAAACCCCCCGUCACAAAAAAAGUUGAAAUUGUAGAGCCUGCAAAAUCAGCUUCCUCAUCAAACAAUAGAAGCAUGAUUACAGUUAAUGAUUCUCAAUAUGAAAAAAUAGAAUUGUUAGGUAGAGGUGGAUCCUCUAGAGUUUACAAGGUGAAAGGAUCAGGCAAUAAGAUAUACGCACUUAAAAGAGUGUCUUUUGAUGCUUUCGAUGAUUCAAGUGUUGAUGGGUUCAAAGGAGAAAUAGAACUAUUGGAAAAAUUGAAGGAUCAAAGACGUGUAAUUCAGCUACUUGAUUACGAAAUGGGAGAUGGUUUAUUGUACUUGAUAAUGGAAUGUGGUGAUCAUGAUUUGUCGCAAAUUCUUAAUCAAAGAAGUAAUAUGCCUCUGGAUUUUAAUUUUGUUAGAUUUUAUACAAAGGAAAUGCUUCUCUGCAUUAAAGUAGUUCAUGACGCCGGCAUUGUUCACUCGGACCUGAAACCCGCAAAUUUUGUCCUAGUAAAAGGUAUUUUGAAAAUAAUUGAUUUUGGCAUAGCAAAUGCCGUACCUGAACACACAGUGAAUAUAUAUCGUGAAACUCAAAUUGGUACUCCAAAUUAUAUGGCACCAGAGGCAUUAGUUGCUAUGAAUUACACCCAAAGUAGUGAUAAUCAACACGAGGGGAACAAGUGGAAAGUGGGAAGACCAUCAGAUAUGUGGUCGUGUGGUUGCAUCAUAUAUCAAAUGAUUUAUGGGAAACCCCCAUAUGGCAGUUUUCAGGGCCAAAAUAGACUGCUAGCUAUCAUGAAUCCUGAUGUGAAAAUUCCAUUUCCUGAGUAUACUAGCAAUAAUGAAAAGAUUCCAAAAUCAGCGAUUGAAUUAAUGAAGGCGUGCUUAUACAGAAAUCCAGACAAGAGAUGGACCGUGGAUAAAGUACUGAGUAGCACUUUCCUUCAACCUUUUAUGAUAUCUGGAUCAAUUAUGGAAGAUCUUAUCAAGAAUGCUGUUAGGUAUGGUUCCGAGAAGCCUCAGAUAUCGCAUGAUGAUCUUAAUGAUGUGGUAGAGACUGUUUUAAGAAAAUUUUCGGACUACAAAAUUUAG